GCUGUAGGCGGGUCGGUUCGGCGCGCAGUCCGUGGUUCCUGUGGCUAGAGUGGAACGGGAAGGGCUGUGCGCUCUUCCUGUAGCUUCCUCCUGAGGUCCUGAGACCUGCAGUGCUGGGAACGAGAGAGGGCGGGCGUGGAGAGCCUCUGCGUGGAGCUGCGUAACACCGCUCAGAAGCCUGUGGAUUAAGAUGUACGGAAAGUAACUGACAUUCUUAGUUUAGUAAAGAUAUGAGUGAUCUCAGUGAAGAAUUGACGAGGCCUGUGACAGAGGAUGAGCAAGUGGAAACGUCUGUGCUCUCUGGUACAGGAAUGCAUAUUCCUUGGCUUCAAAAGCGUAUAGAAACUGUAGUGACUGGAGGAAAAAAGAAGAAGGAUUUUGCUCAGACAACAAGUGCAUGUUUAAAUUUUAUCCAAGAAGCUCUACUGAAGCACCAGUGGCAGAAAGCUGCAGAGUACAUGCACAGUUAUUUUCAGACCUUGGAAGAUUCAGAUAGCUACAAAAAGCAGGCUGCACCUGAGAUUAUUUGGAAGCUUGGAAGUGAAAUUCUAUUUUAUCAUCCCAAGAGCAACGUGGAGACUUUCAAUACCUUUGCCGACCGGAUGAAAAAUAUUGGCGUCAUGAAUUACUUAAAGAUCUCCUUGCAACAUGCAUUGUACCUUCUGCAUCAUGGAAUGUUUGAGGAUGCCAACAGAAAUCUAAGUGAGGCAGAGACAUGGAGAUAUGGUGAGAAGUCGUCUUCCCAGGAAAUAUUAAUCAAUCUUAUUCAAGCCUAUAAAGGGCUUUUGCAGUACUAUACUUGGUCUAAAAAGAAGAUGGAAUUGUCAAAGCUUGAUAAGGAUGACUAUGCUUAUAGCACAGCAACCCGAAAUAUGCUCAACCACAGCUGGAAGACAUCUGUAAAUCUUUGUGCGUUGAUUCAAAUUCCUGGAGUUUGGGACCCUUUUGUGAAGAGUUAUGUAGAGAUGCUGGAAUUCUACGGUGAUAAGGAUGGAGCCCGGGAGGUGCUCAACAAUUACGCCUAUGACGAGAAGUUCCCUGCAAAUCCAAAUGCCCAUAUCUACUUAUAUGAUUUUCUAAAGAGAGAGAAGGCACCGAGAGAAAAACUGCUAAGUGUGCUUAAGAUUUUGCAUCAGAUUGUACCAUCUCAUAAGCUAAUGUUAGAAUUUCAUACAUUACUUAGAAAAUCAGAAAAAGAAGAAGACCAUAAACUGGCAUUGGAGGUGUUAUUUGGAGUCUUAGAUUUUGCUGGAUGCACUAAGAACAUAACUGCUUGGAAAUAUUUGGCAAAAUAUCUGAGACAGACCUUAAUUGGAAACCACCUUGCAUGGGUUCAAGAAGAGUGGAACUCCAGGAAAAACUGGUGGCCAAGCUUUCACUUCAGCUACUUUUGGGCAAAAAGUGAUUGGAAGGAAGAUAAAGCUUUGGCUUAUGAGAAAGCUUUUGUAGCAGGAAUACUGUUAGGAAAAGGUUGUAGAUACUUUCGGUAUAUUUUAAAACAAGAUCAUCAAGUCUUAAGGAAGAAAAUUAAGCGGAUGAAGAAAUCAGUGAAAAAAUAUAGUAUUGUAAAUUCAGGACUCUGAUAUAGUUUUAUUUAUUUCACAGUAGUAGGUGCAGAGUAAUAGCUCAGUAGACAGUCAUUGAAUAUUUGCUGUUUUAAGAAGGUAGUUUAUAUUGCUACAAAAGUUUUUUUUAAAUAUAUUUUCUUUAACUAUCAGUUAUAGCUAGAGGAAGUCUCACUGCCUUUGCUCUUUGUGUGUGUGUAUAUAUAUAUCUUUUGUAAUGAUAAAUGUAGCAUUUAUUAAGGACUUAAUUCUUCCAGUGAAAAAUAUUUAAUUAGAAUAGCACUCUACAGUAGUUAUUGUUUGCCAGUAAUUUGCCUCUAUUUCUGUAAUAAAAUAUAAUAUGCUGUGAAAUGAAUUUAUAUUCUUCUGUUAGAUUCUAAUUGAUCCAUGUUAGGUUUACCACCAGGAAGAAAUAUAUUGGUGAUGAGGUCUGUUGAGGAAAAUUGGAAAGAGAGAAGAAUCUAGAAAAAGACCUCUUUCUCUUUUAGUAUUAAGACAUGGCAGUUUAGGGCUAAGUGACCUUCUGGUAGAGAGGGACCUUUGACUCUAGAGGACUAAUUUGGGGUCAGAGAGGUAGAGAGAGGGCUGGCUGCUUUCAGCUGACACUGGCUUAACUUUAAAGGGCUCUAGGUUUUUUGUUGUUUGGCAUAGCAAUCUAAGGCAUGUUUUAGUUUUCUCAUCACUGGCCUGUACGGGGAUCCGAACCCUUGACCCCAAGGUGUUACAACACCGCGUUCUAACCAACUGGGCUAACCAGCCAGCCCUAAAGGCAUAUUUUAGAAAUCAUAUGUUCUUCUCCUUUUACUCAUGGAAACUAGGAUGCAGCAGUAGGCAACUGGACUGGAGGAAACUCUGCCAGUGACGUAGUGUCCCAGAAUCACACAGUAAACCCAAUUGGAAAUCUUGGCCAGAAGCCAACAACAGCUCUCCUGGAUCAUGAGCUGAGCUUUAUAACACUUUGUGAUGACUUGUAGAGUAAAUGCUUUCAAAAAUGUCUUGGCUCUUAAACAUUUGCUGUUCAGAUAACUAGUAGUUGAGUUCCACGAAGGCUCACUAACUGUUCAGAGGGCGAACCACACAUUUUUCCCAUUGGCUUACAUUCCUACCAACUUUAAACCAUCUGCAAGAAAAUUGGGGGACAAAUUACGCUUUGUCAGUAAUUUAUAUUAAAAUGUUAUUUUAUACUUAGUAAGUAAAGUCAACAAAGAAGUACUUUUAUAAUGUGCAUAUAAAACAAGUAGAUGUUACACAGAAUGAAAAUAAACCAAGUUAAAGCUACCAUAUGAAUAAGGCUAGCUUUAUUGCUGGGAGUUGAUGAUUGGGUUGUGUAGGAGUUCUGUAUAAGAUCAACCCAAUUGGAAUGAAAUUCCCAGAUGAUGUGAAUAAGAUCUCAAAGCAUAGGCCAAGAUCAUCAGGGCAUGUAGUCCCUGAAUCCUUUAGUCACAAGCUAUAAAAUAGGAUUUAUGAAUUAUCAUCCCCAGAAGAAUGGAGGUAAGAAUGAAAGAGAAAUGAGUAAAUAUGGUCCUUAGUUUCCACACAAAUCUUACUUUCCUAGAAUUUUAUAUCAAAUGUUCAUAUCUAGUUGUUCAGUAAGAGCAGUGUGAUUCAACCCCUGUGAAACUUUAUUUAGGUCCACUGAAGUUAAAGCCAGUUUCAUGAAUGAUAACGAUGGCUAAAAUUUAUCAAGCAUGUUGGGCUUUACAUUGUAUCACAGCACCCCCACAAUCUUAUGAAUUGUCACGUAUCUUUCCAGGAAGGAAAGUGGAGUCGUCAGAGAUGAAGUCACUUGCCGAGGUCACAACUAGUAGGUGUUGGCACCAGGACCCAAACCCAAU